UUGUUGUAGUUUGAUUAGAUUUUGUCUGGUUUGUUUCUUGGUCUGUAUUUGUGGUUUCUGUUAAGUAGUAUGCUUGAUAGGAUAGGAUGGGAUAUGAUGAUGUUUUCUUUUUGGAACUUGGUUCUCUAUGAAGUUGUGCUUUAACCUUUAAGACCUGGUUUUGUGAUUUUGUUAGGUUUUAUUUUUUCUGAUAUGUGUAAUCCCAGCCUCCAAUGGGGUUUGAGGAGAUUUGAUUGUAAUUGGACUAUUGAUCAUCAGCUCAAAUCUGAUGAUUUUAGUCAAGAGUGUAAAGAGAGGAUUUUGAUUUUUCCAACACUUCUUUAUUAUCUGUAUAAUUUUGUGUAGUUGCUGAUAUGUGUAUGUGGUUAUGGUCUGGAGAGCUGCCCCCUUCCAGCCCUUUGACUUGGGUUUAGAUGUCAUAUCCCAUCCCAUUAGAAACACCUAAAACCGAAGGAUAUGUGCUGGGCUUCAAAAAAUCUUGGUUUAUACUCGAGAUCUUGGUUCCAUGUAAUAUGGAUUGAACAUGUAUGCUCCUUUGAUCUAAAUCCUGUUAUUCCCCUUUCACUGGAGUUGGGGGUGGAUGAGUCAGGUGUUGUAAAAAUCAUGAAGCUUUUGAGUUCCAAAGGUGGAAACCGGAGAAAAUUUAUAGGACAGUAUUAAUCAUAUAUUAAGAUGAUAUUUUGCUGGCACCAAUUUUUCUUUUUGAGAAUGCAACAUAAUACUGUUCUUCUCUCCUUACCAUUUCCAUACGCGAAAAGUUUGAUGUUAUUUGUUUGAUUUAUCUUAACACCAUCAUGAUUCAUGGCUAUGGACAUGAAGCUGGAGGCCACUUUGAUCGGAGUUGCUGUAAUGGUUAUUUUCUUUGACCGAAGGGAGGAACUGUGCAAGAGAAGGGCACGUAUUGCUAUACUACUCUUCAGCAAGAGAGUAGUUUAGCAAUGGUCUUGUUCGAGGUAUCAACCACUACUCCACAGAAAAACCUAGUUGGAUUUUAGUACCUCGAAAAGGAGAUUAAUUAUGGAUCCUGAUAAUGGGCUUGACUCAGAUCCUUGGACAAAAUCUUCUUUGUCUUGCAAUGACUUUUUGGAAAAUGUUCCAUCAGAUGACCAGUCAUUUAACGUUUUCACUUUGCAACAGCAGAAGUGGGAAAGUUCUUUUCUGAAUCAGGUAGGGAUUCCGAAUGAAUUGUCCCAGGUUAACCAACCGUCUCAAAAUCAAUCUUCGGUUUCUACUAUCAACAAUAUCCAAAUCAGAGUUCCAGAUCAACAAGAUACCCAAGCGUGUGAUUCGAAUAAGAUUCAAGAAUGGGAUCCAAAAACUAUGCUAAACAAUCUCUCGUUUCUUGAGAAGAAGAUCCAUGAACUCCAGGAUCUGGUGCAUGUAAUUGUUGGACGCAGGGGGCAAGUUGGGUUUCAAGCAAACGAACUUUUGGUUCAGCAGCAGCAGCUUAUUACAGCUGACCUAACUUCUAUCAUCGUUCAACUAAUAUCGACUGCAGGGAGCCUUCUGCCGACUGUGAAGCACACGCUUUCCUAUGCGGGCCAAGCGGCGCAACUUGUACAGUCUGGUGGAGUUGCAACGCCUUCCGGAGCGGGCUUCAACAGCAGUGCGCUGCCACAAAGUGUUAAUGUAAGUAAGGUGGAAGAUCACUCCAUCCAUAUUGAUCCGGUUGGGGAUUCGGGUAUGGAUCAGAACUGUACCGUUGAAGAGCACGAGUUGAAAGACGAGGAUGAGGCUGAGGAAGAAGAGAACCUGCCUCCCGGUUCCUAUGAGAUUCUGCAACUGGAGAAGGAGGAAAUCCUUGCGCCUCAUACUCACUUUUGCACAAUCUGCGGGAAGGGGUUUAAGAGAGAUGCCAAUUUACGGAUGCACAUGAGAGGUCACGGGGACGAGUACAAAACUCCAGCCGCUCUUGCGAAGCCCCACAAAGAAGUCAGCUCCGUGCCAGCGCUUAUAAAACGAUAUUCUUGCCCUUACGUUGGCUGCAAGCGCAACCGGGAGCACAAGAAGUUUCAGCCUCUGAAGACCAUCUUGUGCGUCAAAAACCAUUACAAGAGAACCCAUUGCGAGAAAAGCUACACUUGCAGCAGAUGCAACAUAAAGAAAUUCUCGGUCAUUGCUGACCUAAAAACACAUGAAAAACAUUGCGGGAAAGAUAAAUGGCUUUGCUCCUGUGGCACGACUUUCUCGAGGAAAGACAAGCUGUUCGGGCACAUCGCACUUUUCCAAGGGCACACUCCCGCUAUUCCUCUGGAUGACCAUAAAGGAUCCUCCUCCGGGCUGUCUGAUCAGGGACAAAACACUGCAGGUCAAAUCGAUCCCAAGCUAAAUAACGCUUAUAGUGGAAGUGGAAGUGGAAGCCCGCAGAACGCUAUUGAUGUGAAAGGAAGUGUGAAUGAUCCUGGCAAUUACUUUUCACCUAUGAACUAUGAUACAGGUGAUCUUGGAGGAUUUCAAGACUUUCCCAGAGUCCCAUUUGAAGACUCAAAUAGUUCAUUCUCUUUUCUACUAUCAGGUUCAUGUGAUUACCCUCAGAAGGCAGGGAAAUAUGGCAGUUCCAGUGAAUAGGGAUAAUAAUAAUUAGUAGUAAGUAUUAUUUGCUGUAGCAGUCCAGUUUCUCUUGAUGGCCUUACUAUUGUAGUAGUAGUAGUAUUGCAGACUUGUAUGUUAAGAAUUCAUUUAUAUAAUAAACUAAAAAGUAUUAUUCUAUUA